GACAGCGCUGCAAAGUGCGCGGCGGAGAGUUGGUUGGGCCGGCGAGGAGGAGGGGGUGAGGAGAGCGGCGGUGGGUUGUGUUGCUCGGCGGUGGCCGGUGUGCGGGGCAGCGGUGACCGCGGCCGCGGGGUCUGGAUGCUGCCUGGUCUGCUGAGUGUUUCCAGCACUUUCUUUUUUUUUGUCUGUUCUCGUACUUUUCAGGAUGGCUAGCUGUGGGGAUGUUGAUCAUGCAUCAAACAUGAUUCCAGGUGGAAAGAAGUUAAGUGACUCCUGCUCAAGCACACCAACCCUGACUGUACCAGAAUGUGCUAUCUGCCUUCAGACUUGUGUCCAUCCUGUUAAAUUACCAUGCAAACAUAUCUUCUGUUUCCUGUGUGUAAAAGGAGCAUCUUGGCAAAGCAGACGGUGUGCUCUUUGUCGGCAGGAAAUCCCUGAAGAGUUCCUGGACAAGCCAGCUUUGUUGUCCCCAGAAGAGCUGAAAGCGGCAAGCCGAGGCAAUGGGGAGUACGCUUGGUAUUACGAAGGCACGAAUGGCUGGUGGCAGUACGAUGAACGUACAAGCACAGAGCUUGAAGAUGCUCAUAUUAAGGGCAAGAAGACAAUUGAAAUGUUGAUAGCUGGAUAUUUGUACGUUGCAGACUUGGAGAACAUGAUACAGUUCAGACGUAAUGAGCACGGCCGCCGUAGGAAAAUGAAGCGAGACAUAUCAGAUAUUCCCAAGAAGGGAGUAGCAGGUCUCCGGUUAGACUGUGACUCCAACUCAUUAACUUCGGAAAGAGAAAACUCUGCAGAUGGAGCUGAUAGCAUAGCUGGUGGAGGAUCUGCAUCAGCGUUACCACAGUCCUCCGUUUCCAUGAUGAGGCCCUCAGUUAGGCAGGCAGCCUCCCUAGCUGAUCAGCCAGUAAGUCCACUAACACCUUCCCCAGAUGUCAAUGUGUUGCUCGUGAACUCCCUCACUCAGUUGCAGCUCAGUAGCCAUGGGAUGAGCAGGAAUCGCAGAGGAGAGGGGGAAGAGCGGAGUGCAGUUGGAGUGUCAUAUGAUAAUACUGAGUCUGCCACUAGCACUGACACGGAGGAUGAGAAUGGCAGCCUGCUACAGGAAUCUACAGACAACACCCUCGGUGGGCAAAUACUAAUUUCUCCAAACGCUGAGCGAGAAAAUGAGAUAGCAGAAGGCGAACCUUCUCCAGAAGGAGCAUCUAGCAGUGGUAUCAGAGCCAGAGAGCAGCAUCCUGAUGGACAGUGCACUGUAACAGAAGUCUAGACCUUGCUGACUUCAUUUCUUAAAAAGAACAAAACAAAAUCAUAAGAGAUUAAAGGCGACUGAGGAAUGUGGAAUUUCUCGACCGGAAUUGCACUCAGAUUUAAAUUUAAACCAGAACUAAAAUUUCAUUUACAUAAUUUUGGCAUGACUGCCAUUUUUACUUUGCAAUUCAUAGGUUUCUUUAAUGUAGAAAUUGCACGUUAUUGUGGUAACAUUCAUUUUACUUUGUGCUUUAAUAUUGUGUUCAAUUUCAAAAUGACUCACUCCAUUUGCAUGUGGUGUGUUAAACGUGACAUCUGAGCUCAUUGCAAACACCAGUUGUGCUGGAGGCCUUUCAUUCUCCUUUUCAAAAUGUAAAAUGCCUCUUGUGAAUAAAAGUGAUUUUCUUGUAAGAGUCAACUGGUUUUAUCGGACAAAGGAAUUUGGGGUUUUUCUCCCAUGUGGCCAAACCAUGAAUUUUCAUUUUUGUUUUGUUUGCUUAAUUUAUUGGUGCAUUACUGCAAUUCCCUUUCAAUAGUAUUGUAGUUGAGGCUGGUAAUAGCUGUACAAGUAACACUACGUACAUGUUGACAUACGGUGAAGUGUUAGACACGUAGAAAUAGUUGAGUUCAAAUUUACAUUAUUCUGACGACUAACAGUCAAAUAAAGCUCAAGGUUUUUUUUAA